GUUAUAUAAAUAUCUUAUUCGUUUCUAUUUCUAUUUAAGCUAUAUAAAUUAGGGAAUGUCUUACUUUCUCCGGGUUCUUUUCUUUCAAAUAAUGUAAAGCAAUUCAAAAAACCCGCUACUGUACAAGUAUACAAACGUGCGUGCGUAUGGGCUCCGCCAUUUAGUAGGUGAAAGUAUUCCAGGCGGCGCUACAAACUUUGUACAGGAGCUUCGCCUUCGCCCCCCUGCGCAGUACUGCUUGAGAUUUGAGAUGACUUGAGAUUGUUCCAGUCCUCGCGAACACUUACGAAUUACGACUGCUUACGACCCUUGGCGGUUUUGUUUCGUAAAAAGUUGAAAUUGUCCAGGCAAGGAUAAAAAAUAAACAUAACUGCGUGGUUCGAUAAAACAAUUUACAUUUUCGCAAAGACAAGUUUUCAAAAACUACUUCUUCCUUUGUAGUUGGACGUGCUUCAGCGUAAUCGUUAUUUUGCUUCGAGAAGUACUGUAAUAAAAUAUACAACAUUUGAUGGCAAAUAUAACGAAAGAGAUGCAUCUUGUGCAAAUAUUAUAUAAAACAGCAUGAGAAAAUAAAUAACGACUAAAGUAUGCAAAGCUAACAUGACCAAAUGUUACAAAGUACUUUUAGGUGGAUGACAGGUUCUUUGGGAAUGGAUACAAAUAAAAAAACGGAGGAAUUAAGUAAUAUUCCAAGUAAUGUGAAGGAAUUUGAAAAUUCUGAUUCGAUAGAGGUUGAUAAUUCGCAUACUGUUCUAUUGAAAAUAGCAACACUGUAUGCAGAACGUCUUAUGAAUGAUAUUUGUCUGGUUGUCGAUGGUAUAGAAUAUCCAGCUCAUCGCCUUAUACUUUGUGCCUCUAGCGAUGUUUUUCAAGUGAUGCUAAUGAGCCCUCAAUGGAGCGAAUCUCAAGAAAGCAGAGUAACUCUCCAAGAAACACCGCAAUGCGCACCUAUAUUUAGCGAAUUUUUGCGGUACUUUUACACUGGCCAAAUAAGAAUUAAUUAUGGAGUUGUUUUACCGAUAUUAUCUUUAGCGGACAAGUAUAAUGUAAAAGAUUUAAUAUCGCUGUGCCUUGACUAUAUGCAAAAUCAUAUCGCGAUAGCUGCCAUACACGGCACUCUUGUAUCGUGGUUACAGUAUACUUCAAAUUGUGGCCAUCACAAUAUUACUCAGGCAUGCCAGAAUUUCAUUAAAUGGAAUUUGGAAUUGGUGGCUAAGACAGCAGAUUUUGGAAACUUUGAUAUAGAUAUUUUAGUAUCGUUACUACAUCAAAGUAAUUUAGUGAUAAAAGACGAGAUGACGUUAUACAAGUGCCUAGAAUCUUGGUUGGAUCACCAGGCAAAUCGUUUGAAACCACAAUUGUCGUAUGACGAAUUAGAAGCUACAUUGAAACAGUUAGUGAUAGCCGUGAUGUCUCCGGUUAGAUUUCCAAUGAUGUCUCCUCGACAAUUAGCAGAUCUUUUAUUAUCUUCUUUAACAAAAAAGUAUAAGGAAUUUUUUGUAGAACGUAUGUCGAUCGGUAUGUCAUUUCAUUCGGGUCAGUUGGAUAGAGUUAGAGAGGUGAGUUUAAACGAAGAAGACGGUGCAUUACUGUUUGAACCAAGAUUGUACACCGUAGAUACUUGUAGUUCGUUACUUACGAUAGAAAAUUUUCAUAGUUUACCAUUUUAUCAUACUAGAACCCUUGUAUUUUCGAGUCAUUCGUGCUUGGCAGAAUAUGCCGGCGAUCGCGCGUGCGAAUGGGUUGUAGAUAUAUAUCCGAAGGGAGUCUGGUUUAAGAAAUUUUUCUUAAUAGUUUGGCAAGGAACCGUAGAGAUGCCCGAACAUGUAAAACGAUCGGUUAGAUUAUCGCUUACAUGUAAGGAGCCUCCGGUGAAUGGCGAUACUGAUAUGCGUGUAAAAAUAGGUGUUUUAAUUUAUGGAUUACAAGAUGGUGUUGAACAUAUUGCAAGAGUAACAGAAAUUAUUCACAGAUUUAGUAAAGCCGAACGAGUCCUUAAUUUGGAUGACCUUUUACCAUUCGAAGAACUGAAUCCUCAACAAAGUUCUGUACCAGAAAAUACAUCUCCUUUUUUAGUAGGCCCAAACAAAGAUAUGCUUAAAUUACACAUUGUUAUAUCCCCAGCCAAUUAGGAUAUAGUAAUUAGUUGUUCGGUUUUAUUCUACGAUCUUUCAUUGCACAUUCUCAAUACAUUCGAUUUGUAUAAAAACUACAAAUUAUACCUCAUUAUGUACAUUUCUUAAAAGUUCAACUUUUCAAAUCGUUCUCUAUCUCUACUUCAUUCAAAUCUCACCAACAUUAAACUAAGACAAAAUUUUGUAUAUGAAAAAUAUGAGAUAAUAAAGAUAAUCAGAUAAUACAACGUA